AAUUGUUAUGGUUUAACAUAUUCGAAUCAUGUACAGUGACGACAAUUUGAACACACCAUUAACGAUCGUCCUCAGUGUCGCCUACCUUGGAGUUUACCCAACAACAACAAGAAAUUAAAUCGUAUCAAAAUACGCACGACGCUUGAUGGAAAUUUUAUCAGUUAUACAAAUUUUCUCAUCACAAUGGUUCUUCUCCCAUUGAUACCAACGGCGAUAUCCGUUUUCAUCUUGAUUUCUGACCACCAGAGGCCUGUGGCGGCGGACGCUUUGAGGAGGGUGGAAAGGACAUCGGGAACGUAUAGCACGAAGUAUGACAACUUCGAUGUGGCAGGUGUGCUGGCCAGCGAGAGACUGGUCAAGAGGUAUGGUGACUGUUUGAUGGAAAGAGGGCCAUGUCCGCCAGAGGGUAAAUUCUUGAAAGAAAUAAUUCCAGACGCCAUCAAAACAGCAUGCAGCAAAUGUACCGCAAAACAGAAAGAAAAAGCUGGCUUUAUCCUUCAACAUCUACUCCUCCACCAUCGGAAAUUAUUUUUGGAGCUGAGCGACAAAUAUGAUCCAGAUGCAAAGGCACGACAGCAGUAUGGAAUAGAUUCAGACGAUGAAGAUUACAGUGACUUAGAGCAAGCUUAAACAACAUACAUAAUAAUUAUUUUGCUGUCCUAUUUUGAUAAUGAUUAUUGUCCACCAUCCUACUGUAAAUUAUAUGUAUGCAUAGUCCUGAAAAAGUGAGAGAUAUAAAAAAUUAUCAGAAAUAUUCUCAUAGUAGGUAAUUACAUUUUUUUAAUUCAAUUUUUUUUCACACUGGUGGUAUUAAAUAUUAAUUGCAGCAGUAUUUAAAAUUAUAUACACUUUGAUUAGAAACUGUGUCAUUGUACCUAGCUUAAAUAACCAAGUAGUUCCGAAAAGAACAUCAGACUUCACUUUAUCUAUCCAGAAGGUGUUGUUUAGUUUCCGUUGAGGUUUUUGGGGCAGAGAUCCAGAUGGAAUGUGUUUUUUGUACAUAGCUUAGUGUUAUACUAUAUUUAAAAUGUGUUUGAUAAUGAAAUAUAAUCAAAUAUUAUAUAGAGUUAAUUAUAUUGCCACAAAUGACCUCUCCUUUUCGCAC